AUGACGGGCCUUCCUGCUUCUCUACGCUCAGCACGACGAGCAAUUGUCGACUCCUCCGGCGCGGUCUCUCUCGUUCGCGUGACUCAUCUGCCAGCACAACGCCAGCGCGCCGCCGCCUCGAAUCAAAUUUGUCUCCGUGUCCCCACCAUCCCCCACCAUCCAAAUCUUCCCCGCCGCACUCGUUUCUUUUCCUCAAUCCCUCAUUUCGCCGCGGAGAUCAACACAAUGGGCAAAGAUAAGGGUCCCUCGUUCAACCUCAAGACCCCUAAGGGCACCAAGGACUGGUGCGGUUCCGACGCCAUCCUCCGGGACCGCAUCUUCACCACCAUCGCCGACGUUUUCAAGCGCCACGGUGGCACCGCCCUCGAUACCCCUGUCUUUGAGCUGCGUGAGAUCCUGGCCGGCAAGUAUGGUGAGGACUCCAAGCUCAUUUACGACCUCCAGGACCAGGGCGGCGAGAUCUGCUCGCUGCGCUACGACCUGACGGUUCCUUUUGCGCGGUGGCUCGCCAUGAACCCUGAUAUCCGCAGCAUCAAGCGCUACCACAUUGCGAAGGUGUACCGCCGAGACCAGCCGGCCGUCAGCAAGGGCCGUAUGCGUGAGUUCUACCAGUGCGACUUCGACAUCGCUGGUACCUUCGACGCUAUGGUGCCCGACGCCGAGGUUAUGCGCAUUGUCAGCGAAGUAUUUGAGGAGCUGGGCUGGAACGGCCAAUAUACCAUCAAGAUCAACCACCGCAAGAUUCUGGACGGCGUGUUCCAGGUCUGCGGCGUGCCCGAGGACAAGAUUCGGCCUAUCUCGAGUGCCGUCGACAAGCUGGAUAAGAUGCCGUGGGCGGACGUGCGUAAGGAAAUGGUUGAGCAGAAGGGCCUGGAUGGUGCUGUGGCGGAUCUCAUCGAGACCUACGUCAUGAACAAGGGCGGGCGUGAACUGCUGAACAAGCUGCUCCAGGAUGAGAGGCUUACUGCCAACGCCUCUGCCAAGGCCGGCCUGGAUGACAUGGCCCUGAUGAUGGACUACUUGGAGGCAUUCAAUGUGCUGGAUAAGAUCUCGUUCGAUAUGUCUUUGGCCCGUGGAUUGGAUUACUAUACUGGCGUGAUCUACGAGGUUGUCACCGAGGGCUCCGCCCCCGCUGUGCAGUCUGAUGCCCCGGAGGCCCAGAAGCUGCAGAAGUCCGGCAAGAAGGACAAGUCGAAGAACUCCGAGGAUGAUGACCGGUCCAAUGACCCUACUCUUGGCGUUGGCAGUGUUGCUGCGGGUGGACGCUACGAUAAUCUGGUGGGUAUGUUCCUGCCCAAGGCGCAAAUUCCCUGCGUUGGCGUUUCAUUCGGUGUCGACCGCAUCUUCUCUAUCACCAAGGCACGCCUCGAGCGUGAACAGAGUGCCAAGACUCUCCGAAAUAGCGAGGUGGAUGUUCUUGUCAUGGCUUUCGGCGGCAAGGGCUUUACCGGUAUGCUCAAGGAGCGUAUGGAGAUCUGCCAGAAGCUGUGGAGCGCCGGUAUCAAGGCCGAGUUCUCGUACAAGCUCAAGCCCAAGCCAAUGCAGCAAUUCAAGGCUGCCGAAGACGGCGGCAUUCCCUUCGGCGUCAUCAUCGGCGAAGACGAGCUGGCCGCCGGCAAGGUCAAGAUCAAGGAGAUGGGUCUGGACAAGGACCACCCCGAGAAGGAGGGUGUGGAGGUUGAUCUGGCUUCGCUCAUCUCCGAGGUGCAGUCCCGCCUUGUCCGGAAACAGGGCGGCUCUGUUGUCAGCUUGGCGCAGCAGCUGCAGGGCGUGCAGGUUUGA